UCUCGCGCUGAUUGGCUAGAGGGUUGAUCAUUAUAUUGCAUGGUUAAGGAUCACCUGGUUAGGGAUUGUGCUGGAGUUUCCAUGGGCCUCGAUCAAUAGUUUUACAAAUCUUAUUGGUGUUGGGUUUUUACAUAUACAUUUACUGGAUAGCAGAAAAGGACCAUCCUUGAUCAUUGCCACAUGAUCAGUGCUGUCGGUUUGUGACAUCAGGAAGUAGGAUCUCCUUCAACCCGCCGGUUGCGAAUCUUCUCCACAACGAACCUGAUCCGUGAUUGGAAACACUUUUUUUCGAUUUAAGGUUCAUUUGACCAACGAAACACUUGCCUUCGAUCCGUUGAACCCGAGUGGACGAAGAAAGGCUUCCACUACUGAAACAUGGCUACAUAUAACUUCGACUCGUCGCCUGGAAGAGACAGAUUCAUACGUCUUACCAGGCUACUCAUUGCAGGCGGAACGCCCAUCCUAAGAGAAGUGUUGAGAAGCUACCAUAAUCCAUCGACUCUCGCAGCAUGCGUAGCUUUAGUAGGCAAAAAGUUGGUUCUCACGAAACCUCAGAAGCAGCUGCUUUCUCUCGACGGUCCGCCAGGUUCGCUGCCCAACUUUGAUAAGUUUGAUAUUUGUCUUAUCUUCAAGUUGCUACGAAACUGCUGUGGACUGACCAAACCCGGCACUAAAUGGAACAAGUUACCAGAAGAGAGUGAUGAAAGUCUGGAAGCUGAUAUUGUUAGAAUAGAUUUUUAUCGUAACGACAUCUACGGUCAUACACUAGAAGGCAUGGCAAUCUGUACACAAGAAGACUUCGACAAGUACUGGGCCAUUAUCUCUGAUGCAUUGUGUAGAAUGGCUGCCAUCUUGACUGGAAGUGACAGAACAUUAAAAAUUCAAAUCCAAGAAUUAAGACAUUCGCGUUUGACAGAUGAUGAUCUUAGCACAGUUCAAGAAUUUUUACAAAAUAUCGAGGCAAAGGAAGACCAGAUCAUAAAAGGGAUAGAGGGAAUUCAAGACACCAUGAUCAAUGCAGCAUUACAGCGUAUGAAGAUCUCCGACGACAAAACUCAUACAGCAGUAGCUGCGUCACCACUUGUCCAAUACAAUUUUAUAUACAAUCAAUUCGGUCCAGACUUUAAAAGUGAGAGCGCGCAAGGCCCUCAACAACCCUGUUUACUACAAGGAAUAAGAAGACAGGUUUCUGAAGGUAUGAUUACACCUUCAAUCCCUCCACGACCCUUCAUGAAAUCCUAUUCUCUGCCAAGUAAUGUCCAUCAGGAAAGACGUUUCUCACAUGAAGAAUUUAGAAACCCUGUGGAUAAAUUCCAGCUCCAAAACCCUUCAGUAGACGAAUAUCAACGAGUGUCUAGUCCUAGUGUACAGCAAAGCCCCAAUAAAACAGCAGUUUUUGGGUCUCAACUCUAUGCUGGCCAAGAGUAUUCACCUAAUCCGUUGGCAAAUGAAGCUGCAAGGACAUGGACCACUCCCUCUGCUCAAGGCUUCUCUCGUGAAUCCUACCAAACCAGUGGUAGAGACAGGGAGGCAGCAUUAGUAAACAUGUCGUUUAGCAACGAGCCGAAUGAAUGGUUAAGUCAGCGGCAGCAGCAGGACCAAGAGCCUUUGCUGCGCAUCGAAAUUUCUGUUCGCGCUGCAGGUUCAUUGGAUUUCCACCUUGGUAAUUUGAUCAAGUCAGGAACUGAUAUAUCACAGUUCACCAGUUACUUGGGGAAAAAACAACUCAUCAUCAAAAAAAUUGAUGGGAACCCUAACGGAGAUUGCUGCUUCAUUGAAGUUUCGCCUCGAGAUUUACAGUCCUUAGAAGAACUUUGGCAUGACUGCAUUGUUAAAGACCUGAGAGAAUUCGUUAAAGAAAUAGUUCUGCCUGAAGACUUUAGAGGCGAAGUUGACGUGAACAUUGACGGCGAAGAGUACAAAAGAUGUUGCGAGAGUCUAAGACCGAGAGAGUUCAAGGAUAGUGGAAGACACUCCCAAAGCCUAAGUCAGGUAGGAAUGGCGGCAUGUGACGCGAGUAUACCUUCAAAAACCGUCAGACGAUCACAGAGUGUCAUGGAUGUACCCGCUACUCUAAACAUUGCCUUGCAAGAACUGCUUCAGUUAAUCUGUAGCUAUGGAGGGAGAAUGGACUGGCAGAAGGCUCAGAAACUGCUGUACAUCGACUUAACUAAACCAGAAUUUACGCAAUACAUGAGUAGAUAUUUAGAGAUUCUUCCUAAUAACGCUGUUCAGGUUAAACUCAAGUUUUGUCCAAAGAUGAGAAAAGAUAGCACUUGUGACAAUACUAACUGUCCAGAUUUACAUCUCUGCUUUUAUCAUUUUUUAACCGAUGACUGUCAGUACACGACAAAUUGCAAAAAUUCCCACAACAUUUCUGAUGAUCACACAAAUAAUAUGUUUAGAAUGGCGAAUCUUUCGUUUCUCAAUGUCGAACAACGUAAGCAGUUAGUUAGAAACGUAGCUUACGUAGCCCCUGAAAUCUGCAUUUACUACAACAAACGAUCUAGUGUAUGCACAAAGGGCUCCAACUGUCCUUACCUUCACGUCUGUAAAGACUGGGUUGUCGGUAGAUGUGGUGAGGGGAGUAGGUGCCAACGUGCCCAUACCUUCAGUAAUCCACACGAAAAGGACAUCUUAAAGAAAAAGAAUUUAGAUCGAAAGACUGAGAAAGAAAUCAUACAUAGACUUAAAGAGCAUUAUAGUUAGUACUACGCUAGAGAACACAGCGAAGAAGUAUAUUAUUAGAAUGUAACGUGACUGUCCUAUAGUCCUGAGUCCUAUAGGGUAGAUGAAGGCAGAAUGCGGCAAUACGCCAUUUUACCUUCAUUUCAGACCACGUGUUAUUCCCUAGAGUAUCAUUUCUUUGUUUAACAGUUGCUGUAGCGGAUCCAGGAUUUUUUGCCCGGUUGCAAAAUGGCCGCCACGGAGAAAAGCUGCUGAGAAGUUGCAUGAAUAUGGAUACAACUGAAACGGCAAAGAAUCUUAUUCUCAAGGGAAUGACACGUGGUUGAAAUGGAAAAACGCAUACUAGUUUACCUGGGGGGCAGCUUUUUAUGGGGGGGGUAAUUAGGGGGUAGAACUCUACUUUAUUUAGAAGAAUGAAGAUAAAUGUAUAAAGCAACAUUGUACGUGGAAGUAGAAAUGAUUUAUGUUGAACAAAAAGUUUAAAAUUCCUCAAUAUCACAGUCAUAAAUAUAAUGGAAGAUAAAUCUUGAACAUACAUUCAACUAUUCAAUUCAUAUUGAUGGAUUGCAAGCAUUCCCAAGAGAGUCAAAAGACAAAAGCAUGGCGGCCAUUGUGGUACUGUUUACAAUGGAUGCUAAUGAGAAAACUUUUGUUAAAUGGUAUCAACAUGGCCGCGAUGACGUAACGUGCAAUCAAAGAAUAGAAUGGAUGCUGGAACUAUAGAAUUAGGGCUUAGGGUUAGUAUAUGCACUUCAACAAGAGCAAAUAAAUGUGUUAAAUGUUUU